AUGGCUGCUUCGGCGGCAACGGCGAGUUCGUCCCCCGGUUUGUGUCCGAAUUACGCCGUGAUUUGCUCCUUCCUGGAGAGGUACGGAGCAUUGCUGGACUUGCCGGAGCUCACCUUUCCCCAGCUGGAGAGAUAUCUGCAGGACACAUCCUCAGUUCCAAAGCUGCUGGUUGAUCUUCACGUCAAGUUGCUGAGGAAGAUCGGCAAGUCAGUGUCAGCAGACAGAUGGGAGAAAUAUCUAGUAAAGGUAUGCCAAGAGUUCAACACCACCUGGGCAUGGGAACUCGAACAAAAAGGAUACAAGGAGAUGUCGGCGGAGUGCAAGACGGGGAUACUUAAAUAUUUGUGCGAGUGUCAGUUUGAUGAAAACGUGAAGUUUAAGACUGCUAUCAAUGAGGAGGACGCAGAUAAAAUGCGGCUGCAGCCGAUUGGCCGGGACAAAGACGGUCAGAUGUACUGGUUUCAGCUGGAUCAAGACGACAAUGUGCGCGUUUAUGUGGAGGAACAGGACGACUUGGACGGGUCAUCGUGGAAGUGCAUCGUCAAAGACAGAAAUGACUUGGCUGAGGUUGUGGCACUGCUGAAGACACAAAUUGACCCAGCGCUAUUAAAAAAAGAGCAAGAACAGGAAACCAAACCUGACAGUGAAGAGGAUAAAGAGAAAGCAGAAGGAGGUGACGUUAAAAAGAUUGAGGACACAUCAGAUGAAGACAACAAAGACUCCAACAAGGCUGCCUGUCCGGUUUCACCAAAGACAGAGAAUAAUGAAAAAGUAACACCGAAAGACAGCUUGAAAUCAGAAGCGUCUGCGGCCAAAUCAUCGCUGAAUGGCAUCAUUGAAGACAAAACUGAAUCAGAACUCUGUUCAGAAAAGCCGGCUGUGGAUCUCAGUAUCAGUGCAAAAGCCCAGAACAUCAAAGAAGAGCCGAUGGAGGUGUCGGACACUAAAACCAGCACAGCAGCAAGUGAACCUGCCUCUGAGAUGCCAUGUAAAUCUGUAAAGGCAGAAAAGGGCGAGGAGACCAAGAAGAACAGCGCAGAGGAGAUUCAACAAGCUCUGAAGAACGACCAACAGGCCAAAAUCCCUUUGAAAAAAAGAGGAAUGAAGUUUAGUGAAGACUUUGAAAAGAAUAGUGGCAUUAUAGUGCAAAACCUGUCUGCUUCUCAGGUCAAGGAAACUCUUAAAGUUGACUCAACUCCCGAACAGACAAAGAAGGCGCAGAGUGUAAAUGAUCAUGUUAAUGGCGAAGUUCAGCCGGCAUCAGAGAAAGGGCUGCAGAGUCAUUUGCGUGAGUCGCUAAAAGACGCUGCCACCGACAAAGAGCAGACGACUGAACCAGCUGCAGGUAAAUCCUUAGAAGCCAGAGAGAAGGACUCGCCAUCCGCAGAUGAGGAUGGUUUGAAAGAUGAAAAGGAUGAAGCUUGUCGUGUAGAGAAGGUCACAGGGGGAGUCAAAUCACACCAAGCAGACUUGGACAAGAAAAAUGUAGAUAUGCAGGUAGAAAAGGAAAGCACUGCAUCAAAAGAAAAGGAAGAAACGCACAAGUCUCCCCCGCCACCAACAGAACCGCCACUUUUGCCGAAAGACGUUAAUAAUGUACUUGAGAGGUCGUCUAAUCAUGAGGAAAAUCAAAAAAUAAAAGAAUCCAAACCAGCAGAUACAGAGGAGUCUGGUGCCGUAGACAAGACGACCACAUUAAAUGAAACCGAUAAAACGUUAACAACAGGUGAGUCCGAUAAAGUGAAAUCCAAAGAAGUUGAAUCAGAAGAUUUGAAGAAAAAGCCAGCCUCUGCAGAGUCAAAUCAGACUGAAGAAACCAAGACGUCAGAGAUGACAGAAAAUCUAACAGAUAUGAAUGCUAAAGAAAAAACGACGCCUGAGACUAAAGAAGAGAAAUCGGAUAACUCAGCACUGAAAGAGAAGCUGGGAGUUGUCAAAACAACGGAGACACAGUGUGUAGACAAAGAUCCUGCAAAGAAAUCUGAGUCUGAAAACGCCACGUCACCGUCUGUCAUUAAAAAGACAGAAAUACUAAAAGGCAGUGAUUAUACGGAGACCCAAGUGGCCUCAGAAAGUUCUAAGGUCAUUAAAAAGGCAGAUAAACUAUUAAUCAGUGAGAAAUCAGAAGAAACAUCCAACGACAGUUCAGAGUCUUCUGUUAAAAAUCUGGACAAAUCAGAAUCAUGUAAAGAGAUGACUUCAGAGAAAGCUAGAGCAGCCGAGACGAACGCUGAAAAGAUGGAGAAGACUGAAAAGCCUGAAGAUAUAAAGAAAACUGUCAACUGUGACAAAACGAUACCUGAUGUUGGCAAGAUAAGCGAAUCUUCGUCCGGGCCUGUGGAGGUAGAAGCAGUGGCCGUUAAACACAAUCUGACAAAGCCACAAGAGGAUGACAAAACUGAGAUGAACCCAGUUGCCCACAAGAAGGCAAAGGAAGCAUCUGAAGGGAAAGAUAAGCCAUCCAACGUUGUUCAGAAGACAAACGUCCCUGAAGAAACUGAUAAGACACCUGAAAAGCCAGAACAGAAAAAGGCGUCUGAAGAACAGCCUAUAAAAAUUGUGGCAGAGCAUCCAUCAUCUGAAAGUAAAAAAGAUGCCGACAAGGAAAAUGUGAAGGACACAGAUAAUGAAAAUCUUAAAAAAGACAGUGAGAAACUCCAAGAAAGUAAAGUGGAUUCCACGACAGAUAAACUCUCUCAAACGCAAGAGGAAAAGGAGGAGAAGCACAAAGGUAAAGAGAGUGAAACCUCAACCAAAAUGGAGGAAAAUGAGAGCAAAGAACCCGACAGCAAAUCCUCAACUGAAACGGAGAAAGCGGGUGACUCGAAAGAACCUGGCACUGAAAAGCCCACUGUAGAGGAAAAUAAAAACCAAAGUGAAGAAGAGGAGUCUGCAACAAAGAAAGAGGUGGCAAAUGGUGGGGAAGCUCCGUCAGAUGCUAAGGAUUUGGGCACCCGACGGAAAAUCAAGCGCCCAGCCCACCGAAGGAAAGCUGAACUUCAGAGAGAGGAGAAACACGGGGAUUCAGAGUCUGAUACAAACACGGGGAGGUGUCUUCGAAGAUCGCCGAGGAUCUCCAGACCGACGCCAAAGGUGGUGGAGAUCCAUGACAGGAAGCUGGAGAAAUCGCAGGCUGUUCCACCGGCCGGGAAGCGCGAGGAAGAUAAGGGUGAGAAAGAAAAAGACAAGGAGGACGAAGAGGAGGAGGAGGAGGAGGAAGAGGUGGUGAAGGCUGUUCAGAAGAAACCAAGAGAGAAAAAGGCUGAUCAGGAGGGGCAGCCCAAACCAAAGGGGAGAAAGAGACGGAGGAAUCGUUGGUCCAACACACGAACGCGUCGCAAAAAGAAAGGCUCCGAAGAUGAAGAUGACGAGAACAGCGACGAGGAGUCCAGCGAGGAGGAGGAGACCGAGGAAGAGGACGAUAGCGACGAAGACUACAAGGUCGAGCGGAGCAGAAAGAGGCGGAAUCGUAACCGAGAAAGACGAAGCUCGGACUCCUCGACAUCCUCAGACGACGACCUACCUCCGAACGACGACCCCUGCAAACAUUGUGGUCUUCCAAAUCACCCGGAGCUGAUUUUGCUGUGCGAUUCGUGUGACAACGGGUACCACACAGCCUGCCUGAGGCCUCCGCUCAUGAUCAUCCCCGACGGAGAAUGGUUCUGUCCACCCUGUCAGCAUAAGCUUCUUUGUGACAAGUUAGAAGAGCAGCUCCAAAAUCUCGACGCUGCUUUGAAAAAGAAGGAACGGGCUGAGAGAAGGAAAGAGCGUCUCAUUUAUGUUGGAAUCAGUGUUGAAAACAUCAUCACGCCUUCAGUGGAGGUAGAGGAGGAAAAGCCAGAGAUCAUAAUCAAAGAGAAGAAAGAACCAAAGCGGAGUAAGAGCUGUGGUCGAAGGUCUACGAGGGCGAAGAAAUCCAUCAGCUACAGAUUUGAUGAAUUCGAUGAGGCGAUCGAGGAGGCGAUUGAGGAAGACAUCAAAGAAGCUGAGGGCGGAGGAGCCGGUCGGGGUAAAGACAUGGCCAACAUCACAGGCCACAGAGGAAAAGAUAUAUCCGCCAUCCUCCAAGGAGAGGAGGGCAAGGAGAACGGCCGCCCGCCACGUUCCACCGCCGGUCAGCGCAGGAAAAAACGCCGGCGACUCAACGACCUGGACAGCGACAGCACCGUGGACGAGGAGGAAAGUGAGGAAGAGUUUCGCCUCACUGAAAGCUCAGAAGAAGAGUUUGUAGUGUCUGAAAAUGACACGGAGGGUGAAACGGAGGCGGACUCAAACAACAGCGACUUCGGCAGCAACAGCAGCGGUAAGCAUCGUACUUAUUCGCGGACCAAGAAGCCACCGAAGCGGCGACGAAGUUCCAGAAAGCGGCGGAGACCGAGAGGGUACUCAGAUGAUGAAGAAGAGGAGACAGACGACGAAGAUGAAGAUGAAAUAGUGACUGAAGGGUCCAGUGAGUUCAGUGACAGUGAUCUAGACAUGAGUCGACGGCGGUCUCGACGGAGUCAGAAGAAGCAGGUGAACUACUGCGAGACAUCCGAGUCCGAAGGCUCUCAGGCAGAAACCAACCGGGCCAAAAUGAAACCCAGACGUCGCCAGGACAGCUCUGACAGUGAGGCGAGUUUCUCCAGAGACUCUGAGGAGGAUUCGAGGGAUCGGAGGGUAAAGAGGAGAGCCGACUCCUCAGAGGAAGAUUCCCGGCAGCGGCGCAGGCGGCUUGCGCUAAAACGCAGGAGAGCCUCUGAAGACGACGACUCGGACGACGACUCGGACGACUCAUCGGAGGAGGAUCGGCCCAUCCGUAAACGAGUGAACCGCAUCGACUCGGACGACGACGAAGAGGAAGAGGAGGAGAAACUGAAGGAGAAGAAAGCGGACGAGGAGUCAAAAGGAACAAACCCUGCGGACUGUAAUCCGGUGGAGCUGCCACCCACCAACGGACAGAGCCCGAUAAAGAGCCUCGAGGGCCUCAUCAGCCGGCCUGCUGCCGCCGCUCCAGGCCUCAUCGCAAAUCUGGAGCCACCCAAAAACAUCAGUGCCACGCCAGCUGCCGCCAUAGCCCCAAACGGUCUGGUUGGCCAGGAGAUGGCGGCGCAGGAGGAUGACGAAGACGACCUAUUAGGAGUCACAGACCUAGUGGACUACGUCUGCAAUAACGAAGACUUGUAAAAAGAAAACGGUGUACUGUUUCAUUUUUUGUGGUAUUGUAUUUUUAUAUUGCUUAACUUUAUUAUUCCCUCCCCCAGCAACACUUCCUCUUUACUUGCGUCAUCUGGAGCUGGAGUCUCAGCAAUCUCUGCUACUGUCAGAACUGGAUCCCCAUAACCAGUCUAAUGCUGUCCCUGUGGGAUUAUACAACAAAUAAGGGCACCAAACUAUCAACUCUCAUUUGUUUGUUAAUAAUCAGUUUACCUACAAAUCAUCCACAUCAUGCAGCUCCACUGCCAAACCACCACCUCUUCCAGACACGUGUCAAUCAUUUCUCCUGUCACAACCUCCGUUUCGUUCAAGAUUUCUACACAUUUUAGCUCCUGUGUUUGUCAACAUUGAUGGAAAAUUGGCACUGAAAUUGUUUGUGUGGAAACUAGUUUAAGAUUGCUAAAUGACUGGGACGUUUUAACAUUUUAUUUGAAUGAAAUUAGUCAUUCCAUAAUUGAUUUUAAGUUCUGGGCAUCUGUUAAAAAAAUUAAUCUUGUUUUUUUUAUGUUAUCCCUUAAAGAUAUAGUUUGACAUUUUAGGUAAAGAGCUUAUUUAUAAGAGGCAGAGAAUCAGAUGAGAUGAUUGAUACCACUCUCAUGUCUGACAGCCAGCAGCCAGCCAGCCAGCUUAGUUUAGCACAAAGACUGAUUUACUUUUGAUACCACUAGGUAGCGCCUUUCUACUUGUCAAACAGCAGUCACAGGAAGACCGGCUGCUCUUUCGUCUGCCUCUAGCUACUGUGGCUAACACGUGCUAUGCUAACAGUAGCUAGUCUGCACACUGAAGCACAGCUAGUUUGUGGGUGCAAAGCCCAACAGCGAUGGACUGUGCCAUGGUCCAUCACUAUUCAGUUCUGUUCUAUUCUCAGUCUUGUUACAAUUAUUUUUACCUUUUAACACGUAUGACAACAUGAAUGUGCUGCAUUUAAAGGAAAAGUUUGAUUACCAUUAUAUUUUUAGCCAAAUAAAUACUUUGGGCCACAAAGUCCGCCUACAAACACCUCUGUGGCGCCUAAUUUAACAUGUUAUGUCUCAUUUGUUAAAUCUAUGUAAAAAUAUAAAUUCGUAGACGCAACAUCCUCCGUAAAAUGUCACAUUGAUGUUUUUACACUUCAGGUUUUGUAUGUACUUAACAAAUAAGAUAUAAUGUGUUAAUCAGUGAGCUUUAGAGGUGUUGGUAAGGGCAUCUUACUUUACCAAAGCCGACAAACAGACAGAAGUGCAUUGAGACAUGACGGUAGUAUCAAUCUUCUCCUCCAGAAAGCGAAUUUCCAAAAAUGUCAAACUUUUGUGUUUUUUAUAAAACCUGUCAUGAGACUAUUUAAUCUUGUCUAAUAACCUUCUAGACUAAUAAGUAGUCAACCAACUGUCAUUUGUUAGCCCCC